AUGACUGCCGACGUAGAAAUGGCAGACGCCUCAGCUGUGGCGGCCUCGAAGGUCCAGGAGCAGCCUAAAGAAGAAGAAUCCACGCCUUUGAGCUUGGUGGAGGAAAUUGAACUGGCCUUUGGCUCGUUGCAGAAAGCCGCCAUUAACUUCGACAACAGAUACGUUUCCAAGGUCCACAGAGAUUUGGGUGGUUUGAGGAGGAAAAUCGCUCAGGAUCCGGUCUCUUUGGCUCUGGUCAUUGCCAAGACGCUUCCUGUGGAACAUGCCUCCAGAAGCAACUUGUUGAGCCAGUUACCUGCUCCAGAGUCGACGCUGGAACCUACAUCUUCCGGUGAAGUGCUUCCUGAAAUCAAUGUUUUCGUCCACCUUCUUGUUCAGCUUUACCUUCUCGAUACACAUGAAUUGGAUAAGUUGGACGAGUUCAACAAGCUGGUGAUCACCUUGUUGGCUUCCUACAACCGCAGAACAUUGGACUUUGCCCUGGCCAAGGUCUGGUUCUAUAUCGCCAGAACGCACGAGUUGCGUGGCGACUUGUAUUCUAUCCGUCCAGCUCUUUUAGCUGCUUUGAGAACGGCCACUUUGAGACACGACGACGAAACCACCGCCAUGGUGAUCAACUUGUUGUUGCGCAAUUACUUACUCACACACGAGAUCAGCCAGGCUUCCAACUUGUGUGAAAAGGUUGUUUUCCCUCCUAAUGCUGCCAAUGCCCUCACUGCAAGAUACUACUACUACUUGUCGAGAAUCAAUACUAUCCAGUUGGACUACUCCCAAGCGCACGAAUGUGUGGUGGCUGCCAUCAGAAAGGCUCCACAGACCCAAUUGGCUACUGGUUUCCUUCAGGCCGCUACCAAGUUGAACAUAAUCAUAGAAUUGUUGAUGGGUGAUAUUCCUGAGUUGAAGGUUUUCAAAUCCACCUCAGGCAACCUUGAACCAUACUUCCAGGUGACCAAGGCCGUUCGUCUUGGAGAUUUGAAACUCUUUGGUGAGGUCUUGAACAAGUACGAAGCUGUGUUCGUUAAAGACGACAACUUCACCUUGGUUUCCAGAUUGCGCCAGAACGUCAUCAAGACAGGUAUCCGUAUCAUCUCCCUUUCCUACUCCAAGAUCUCCUUGAGAGACAUCUGUAUCAAGUUGCACCUAGACUCCGAGGAAGCUACUGAGUACAUUGUGUCCAAGGCUAUCAGAGACGGUGUCAUUGAGGCCAGUCUUAAUCACGAACAGAGCUACAUGAAGUCAAAGGAGUUAUUGGACGUCUACUCCACGAAAUUGCCACAAGACGACUUUGACCAGAGAAUAAGGUUCUGCUUGUCCUUGCAUAAUGAUUCCGUGAAGGCCAUGAGAUAUCCAUCUGACGACAGCAAGACCGAGUUGGCCAAGAACAAUUUGGAGUCCAGAGACGACGAGAUGGGAUUAUUGCAGGCAAUUGAGGACGGUGACUUGGACGACUUCAUGGAGUAA